AUGUUGUUUCCCCAGCAAGAACUGGAGCUCCAGGGACGCGCCCAGCUCCACGCGAGCUGGGCCGGCACAUUCUCCGACGCGAGAGGCCGUCUCCACUCCUCGAAACUUCUGUAUGGAGUGAACGCUCCUUCAUUCCUUCUAGAGCUUGAGAUUCGGGGGGAAGAGGAUUGCCAGGGCAAUCCUCCUCUGUACUACUAUCUUGAAAGUGGCAGCUGGGAACGUAAACGAUGUGCACUGUAUACUCCAAAUUGUACGACUGCAAUUCAUCGUGUGUUCGGUACCUCCUCGUAUUGGUUUGAAGGGGCUGGGGCCGUGGAAAGCGGGUUUGCCAACAGUGAUGUGCCCGACUGGAGCGACAACCUGGUCAAUAGUAGUGUGUUUCGAUGGAUCCUUGCUGGUCUAGAUUGCCAAUUAAGCCCGUAUAUCCGAUGUCGCGUCGGCAAAGCAUCCAAGGUGGGCCCCCAUUACGUCGAGCUGAAAAUUUGA